CUCAUCUAUUUCAGUGUUCUUCUGUCUGUCUCUCUCAGAAGUUCAGAAAGCAGAGCGGAAAGGCGCUUUCUCUGUCUCAAAACCAAAAGGCUCGAUUAGGGUUUGAAAUGUGGAGGGACAAUGGAAGGCUUUGAAGGAAACUCUGCCCCAAAACCCUACACAGAUGAACCUCAGCACCACCAAUCUCAUGAGCGGCCGGAACUAGGGUUAGGGUUUCAGUCCCCAACUCCUGUCCAUCCUGAUCUGAAUCCCUGCCCUCUACCUCCUCCUGGCGAUCUUGAUCCGCAAUUCGCCAAUGAAGAACAUCGUAAUCAGAAAGUCGGCGAUCAAGAGAUUCGCAAUCGGCAAGCCGUCGAGGAAACGCUUCAGAAUCAUCAGCAACCUCUUGGCGAAGAGCCUCAGAAUCAGCAAUCCGUUGGCGAAGAGCUUCAGAACCAGGAAGAAAUUGAGGAAGGGUUCCAUACUCCGCAGUCCGAUGGCGAGGAGGUUCUGAAUGAGCAAACGGUUAAUGAAGAGCUUCAAAAUCUGGUCCUUGAAGAGAGGGAAAAAGUGAGCGAGGAUGGUGGGGACUCCGAAGGGGACGUCGGCGGAGCAAAGAGCGAAGGCGAUGAAAAGGGUACUCUCAGCGGAGUGGAUGUUGAAGGCGGGGACGGAAAGGAGACCGACGACGGUAAGGGUAGUGGUGGUGCUGAUAAGGGCAAUGAAGAUAAUAACGGGAGUGAGAAUGAGAAGAAUGAUGAUGAUGAUAACAAUGAGAAUGUUGGAGAGGAGAUUAGGGUGGUUGGGGGUUUAAAGGAAGGAAGAUUUAGAAGACCCCAUUAUCCAUUGAGGCCUGAUGCUGACGAUUGUUCGUAUUAUAUGCGACAUGGGACAUGCAAAUUUGGCUCGAAUUGCAAGUUCAAUCACCCCGACAGAAGGAGAAAUCAGGAGCAGGUCAGAGAGAAGGAUGAAAACUCAGAAAAGCCCGAGCAGAGUCAGCAGACUGAAUGCAAGGUUGGAGAUCUUCAGAUGCAACAAUACUACCUGAGCACAGGAGGGUGUAAGUUUGGAGAUGCUUGUAGAUUUAACCACAGUGGAGGAAAAACUCCCAUUCCUCCUCCUGCUGCUGAGCUCAACUUUGUGGGUCUGCCAAUCCGGCCGGGAAAAAAAGAGUGCCCCUUCUACAUGCGAAAUGGCUCCUGCAAAUAUGGCUCUAAUUGCAGGUUUAAUCAUCCUGAUCCUACUACAGUUGGAGGUGAUGCACAUUCUGGGUAUGGUAAUGGUGGAUCUGUUUCCUUGCAAGGUGCAUCCCAAUCAACUUUAUCCUGGCCCUCACCAAGAGCAUUGAAUGAGACUGGUCCCUUUGUCCCAGUGAUGUUUUCACCAACCAAGAAUCUUCCUUCGCCAACUCCGGAUUGGAAUUAUCAGGCACCUUUAUACGCACCACCAGAGAGAAGCCUGCCUACACCUCCAGCGUUUGCCCUCAGUAGUCCAGCUGAAACAAAUUCUUUUAUGCAUCAUAAAAAGCAUAUUCCAGUUGAUGAAUUCCCUGAACGACCAGGCCAACCUGAGUGCAGUUAUUUCUUGAAAACUGGAGACUGUAAGUAUAGAUCUGGAUGCAAGUUUCAUCACCCCAAGAAUCGGAUACCAAAGAUGGCAACAUGUGCUCUGAGUGACAAAGGCCUCCCACUAAGACCUGAUCAAAACAUCUGCUCGCAUUACAGCCGCUAUGGCAUUUGCAAGUUUGGGCCAGCCUGUAAAUUUGAUCAUCCCAUAAAUUAUGGCCACUCAGCUUCUUCAGCUGUGUCUGGACCAGAUGUACCUUCACCCUUUCGGAAAUCAAGGACAACAGAUGGGGCUAGAGCAGGUGCAGGUGAAAAUGGAAAUGACACUCGGAUUCAGCAGCCUGUGUAUGAAUGAAUAGUUCCAUCAAGAGAACUCUUGGUGUUGUAGGAUUUUGAAUUUAAAAACUCAUAGACAUGGAUAUUGCUCUUUUAGAUGAUGGCACGAUGUGUUGUUACUUGUGGGUUAUGUUACUACUAGCGCAAGCAAAAUCAGAUGUGUAAAUUAUCUCUAUAUUUAGUGAUUAUACUGCUGAUAAAUUAGUGGUAGUUGGUUGAGACUUA